AUGAACACUACUAAGCAUCUCUGGGCUGGUACUGUGGCUGCUAUGGUUUCGAGAACUUUUGUGGCUCCACUUGAGAGACUAAAGCUGGAAUAUGUAGUUCGAGGUGAACAGAAGAAUCUAUUUGAGCUGACACAGAAAAUUGCGGCUUCUCAAGGGCUGAAAGGCUUUUGGAAAGGAAAUUUUGUCAACAUCCUACGCACAGCCCCAUUUAAGUCUAUCAACUUUUAUGCUUACGAUACAUACAAAAAUCAACUAUUGAAACUGUCUGGGAAGGAGGAAAACACAAAUUUCAAGAGGUUCCUUGCUGGGGCUGCAGUUGGAAUCACUGCUACCUUGCUGUGUAUACCCUUGGACACUAUCAGGACGAAGAUGGUUGCGCCUGGUGGGGAAGCCUUGGGUGGUAUCAUUGGUGCAUUCCAUCACAUGAUCCAAACUGAAGGGUUCUUUUCUCUUUAUAAGGGCAUAGUACCCUCGAUUAUAAGCAUGGCACCUUCAGGUGCUGUUUAUUAUGGUGUUUAUGACAUACUGAAAUCAGCCUUUCUGCAUUCCCUAGAAGGGAAGAAAAGAAUUCUUCACAUGAAACAGCAGAGUGAGGAACUGAGUGCUUUGGAACAACUGGAGUUGGGACCCCUUAGAACAUUAGUCUACGGGGCGAUUGCUGGUUGUUGUUCUGAAGUUGCCACAUACCCAUUUGAAGUUGUGAGGAGACACUUUCAAAUGCAAGUUCAAGCAACAAAAAUUAGUGCAUUGGCAACUACUGUCAAGUUGGUCAAGCAAGGAGGUGUUCCUGUUCUGUAUGCUGGACUAACUCCCAGCUUAUUGCAGGUUUUACCAUCAGCUGCCAUAAGUUACUUCGUUUACAAGUUUAUGAAGAUUGUUCUUAAGGUGGAAUCCACAUGCAUCGUCAAUCCUAUCAAGAAAAAUUCUGGGUUUGCUUCAGCUAGUUGAUGCUCAGAAUGAGUAACAUUUUGUUAGAAAGCAGUUUCUUGAAAGAGAAUAAUCCUCCCAUGCUAUCUCCCUUGACAAAGAUCAAAAGAAAAUGUCACUUCGCAUCCAACCUUCAUUAACAAUCAUCCUUCUUUGUAACACUUCCAUUUAGAAUUCCUCAAAGAGCCAAAAUGAUAAAUAUCUCAAAUAAAAAGUCUUUA